AUGAUCUCAUGGAUCUGCAUGGCUUUUACGAUGAUCGUGACCUUCCCCCUGCAGUUCAAGAUCGCUCGCGAUGCCGUGACCCCCGCGAUGGGCUUCAGCCUGCCCGCGGAGGGGGUGUCCCCCUGCUGGGGCUGGAAGCGGAUGGUGGUCCUCAUGGUUGGCACCACGGCAGCGGUUGGCGCCGUGUUGUCGGACAUCUCGGAGGUGCUGGCCUUCCGCGGGGCGUUGUUGGGGUGCCCGAUCUCCUUCACGCUGCCGGGCCUCAUGCUCCUGAGCCUGCCGGCGGAGGCCAGGAGGACCGACGACCGCGCCAGCUGCCGCCGGGUGGUCGCGAAGGUUCUCAUCGCCUUCGGCGUGUGCUCCUCGCUGCUGGGCCUGUCCGUUUGCUUCGGCGUCGCGGAUUAG